AUGACUCCAUUACGCCUUGCUCUACUUGAGCGGCAUUAUCGAACAGAAGGCCUUUCGCAGAACGAUGCCGCAAAAUGGCUCGAGCUUCUCGCCGACACAUGGACUAAGCGCGAAGAGGGCAGGCCGCUGGUCGAACUAGCGCCAUUGAAGGAGCUCCGCGGUAGCACGGGUGAGUCAACCACAGGUGGAGCAGCAGUAGCAGCAGCAGCGUCCGCGGUAGUCUCAAAGUCCAGAUCCGAUCUGUUCACAGUCAUCGACGCGUUCGACGUGCCUACAUGGUGGUACGAUCCGGGGAAAAAGAUGUUCGUCAAGCCAUUUGAAAACGACAGCAUCAUGUCUUCGGCCGAGGCAAAGUCCGCGCUGUUUCGUCACGGCGAGCACUUUUUGCUGUUCGGCAUGCUGGCACAGCUGGAAGAAGGCAAGUUGUUUAUCGAGGACAAGGCUGGAUCCAUCGAGCUGGAUUUUUCGACAAUGGCUGACAAGCACACGUCUGUCAAUGGGCUGUUUACCGAGAGCUGCUUUGCGCUGGUCGACGGGUUUGUCGAAGAUGGUAUAUUCAAAGUGGAAGAAAUUGGGCUGCCGCCGCCGGAGAGCAGGGAGCAGACACGCAAUGCGUUUCCAAACGUCAAUCUGUUUGGAGGGCCGCAGUCACUGCGCACGGAAGCACAGUUGCGCGCCAUAGAGGUGGCCAACGAUAACGGAAUUAUUGUCUUGUCCGAUGUUUGGCUGGAUAAGCAGGAGACCAUGGAUGCGCUGCACAUGCUGUUUGAUGGGUUCUCGCACUCGACGCCGCCAAUUGCGUUUAUAUUUAUUGGCGACUUUUCGUCCAAGCCAUUCGUGCCCGGAUCGGGCGAGACUGUGCAGUACAGAGAUAACAUGACGGCGCUUGGUCAGCUCAUUGCCGGAUUCCCUGAGAUUGCGCGCAAGAGCCACUUUGUGUUUGUCCCUGGGAACAACGAUCCCUGGGGCCAAGGCGCGCUGCCUAAGCCGCCAAUCGCCGAGUUCUUCACCAAGCGGCUGGGCAGCCGCAUCGCCAAUGUGAGCUUCACAACCAACCCGUGCAGGAUAAAGUACUGCACGCACGAGAUUGUCAUUUUCCGCGAGGACAUGCUCAAGCGCGUGCGCCGAAACAGCGUGCUGCCGCCGACCGAAGGAACCGAGAUUGUUAAGCAUCUUGUUCGCACUGUAAUCGACCAGGGGCAUCUGUGCCCGUUGCCACAGCGCAUCUGCCCGAUAUACUGGGCGUACGACCACGCGAUGCGGCUGUACCCAAUCCCCGAUGUGCUCAUACUGGCUGACCGCUUUGACUCGUACUCGAUCAACUACGAGGGCUGCCAUUGCAUCAACCCUGGCUCGUUCUCUUCCGGUGACUUUUCGUUCUUCAUGUACUAUCCGAUCCCAAAAAAGUAG